UUUUUUUUUUGUCUUUGUGAUGGCGCGUUCGGUAGAAAGUCUCGCGAAUUGUGCUCAACACUAAAACCUUAAAUUUAUUACUAUAAAUCUUCAUUUCUAUUCCAAAAACUAUUUCAUUGUUUACUUUAAGUCUACCUUAAUUCAAAUUGCAUGAUAUUUAAGCGUUUAACAUUACAUAUCUUGUGAUUUAAUCAAUUUGAAGAAAAGAUUUUUAGAAAAUUUUCAUUCGAAGUGCACUCCAAGCAAAAUGUCGAGCACAACUACAACUGAAACUAAAUACGUGACCGAAGUACCAAGUAGCCUUAAACAAUUAGCUAGAUUAGUUGUUAGAGGUUUCUAUUCAAUUGAAGAUGCCUUGAUCAUUGACAUGCUUGUGCGAAAUCCAUGCAUGAAAGAAGAUGACAUUGCCGAAUUAUUACGUUUUGAAAAGAAACAAAUGCGCGCUCGAAUAUCCACCCUGAGGAAUGACAAGUUCAUUCAAAUACGCUUGAAAAUGGAAACUGGUCCCGAUGGCAAAGCUCAAAAAGUCAAUUACUACUUUAUAAAUUACAAAACUUUUGUAAACGUUGUUAAAUAUAAAUUGGAUUUGAUGCGAAAACGUAUGGAAACUGAGGAGCGUGAUGCCACAAGUCGAGCUAGUUUCAAAUGCACUAAUUGCAAUAAGACUUUUACUGAUUUAGAAGCUGAUCAAUUAUUUGAUUUCGAAUCACAAGAAUUUCGAUGCACUUUUUGUGAUAGUGCUGUUGAAGAAGAUAUGUCUGCAAUGCCAAAGAAAGAUUCUCGUCUAUUGUUAGCGAAAUUUAACGAGCAACUUCAACCUUUGUAUGAUCUUUUGAGAGAAGUCGAGGGUAUUAAAUUGGCUCCAGAAAUUUUGGAACCUGAACCAGUUGAUAUUGAUACAAUUCGAGGUCUCAAUAAACAAAAUACAAUGCGUCCUGAUGGUCAAGCUUGGUCUGGAGAAGCCACUCGAAAUCAAGGAUUUGCCGUUGAAGAAACUCGUGUCGAUAUUAGUAUUGGUGGCGAUGAUGCCCCAGAAGUUAGUGCCGAACGCAAAGCUCGUCCAGUAUGGAUGACAGAAAGUACAAUUAUUUCGGAAGAUAAUUCCGAAAAUGUCGAUACCAUCCUUGACCAAGCUGCACAAACAUCAAUUCAACCAACAUCGACAGCUGGUGCAUCGAAUACUGGACGUAAUCGUAAAGAAAAUGAAGACAUUAUGUCUGUGCUGUUGCAACAUGAAAAGCAACCUGGCAAAAGUGAUACGAAUUUAAAGGGUCUGAAGAGUAAUGCAAAUUCAAGUGAUUCUAGUGACGAUGAAAAAGAUAUUGAAAGUGCUACUAUUCCUAAUAUAAACCAAAAUAAUUAUAUUAAUUCUGAAUCGGAAGAGGAUGAUGCACCAAUUGUACAUGUCGGUGGACGUCCAUAUUCAAUUGAUGCUAUAAAUGAUGAUCUUAUAGCUCAAAUGAGUCAACAUGAAAAAGAAAAUUAUAUUUUAGUUUAUCAGGAACAUUAUAGCCAUAUGUAUGAUUAGGUUAAAUAUGUAAUUAUAUAAAUUAAUAAAAUAAUUAAAUUUGAUGUCUUAACAA